UCGUCUACAUUGCUUACACUUUUGUCCGAGAAAUUAUUUUCCCAUCAAUUAUUUCUCAUUCUGCGUCGAGUCGUACAUGACCGUGAAACUUUUUUCGUUUUUUCGAACGCAGCGAAUUUCGAUGAGGUGUUUCCCUUUCUCAAUCGAUCCUCUUCUCCUUCUCGUCCAAAGUCUGUUGUUCCCUAUCACAUCAAUAGUCAUAUGAUCGACGUGUGUUCACCACACCUGUAUUUUUUCGUGUGCUAUGUAAAUAACGUUUCGUGUCUCAUUUGAGAAAUCCGAAUUUGAAUUUUAAUUAUCGCGAAAAAUGGGUAACAGGUCGAGUCUUCUUUUGCGCGAGGAUGAAAUAGCACAGAUACAAAACGCUACUGGUUUCACUCCGAAUCAAAUCGAACGUUUGUAUAGUCGCUUUACGAGUCUGGACCGCGGAGAUUGCGGGACACUCAGUCGAGAAGAUUUUCUCAGGAUUCCAGAAUUGGCGAUAAAUCCUCUGGGUGAGAGGAUAGUAAAUGCUUUUUUCGAAGAAAGUGGAAAUGACAGAGUGAAUUUUCUGCAAUUCAUGCAGGUCCUGGCCCAUUUUAGACCUAUCAAGAAGAAUAGCCCUAAUCGACUAAAUUCUAGACAGCAAAAAUUAAAAUUCGCAUUUAAAAUGUAUGACUUAGAUAAUGAUGAUCUAAUAUCCAAAGAUGAACUACUUGCUAUUUUACAUAUGAUGGUUGGUGCCAAUAUCAGUGAGGAACAACUAAUCAGCAUUGCAGAACGGACCAUAGUCGAAGCUGAUGAAAAUGGUGAUGGCAUGAUAUCGUUUGAAGAAUUCUGCAAAGCACUAGAACGUACAGAUGUUGAGCAGAAAAUGUCCAUACGAUUUCUCAGUUAAAUUGAUUUAAAUAUAAAAUAUAGUAUAU